GAGCCGGAGAGAGCCUCGACGGGGCGGUUCCCCGCAGGAGAGCUCCGCGCUCCCUGGCGCCGAGGCGAACUCGGCCGCGCGGAGAUCGAGGCGAGUGUCCGGUUGCGGAGAGCACCUGGGCCCCCUCCCGUUGCCCGACGGGCGCGGCUGCCUCUACGCAAACCCCGCACAAGUUUCUGCGCGAGGGCCCCAACCGCGCCCCCCCUCCGUCUGCUGCUGAGGCGGCCCCCAUGCUGCUCCCGCUGGCGCUCCCCGAGCUACCCUGAGGGCGAUGGAGGGGACCCCCUCGAACGGCUCCAACGCCUCGACGGACGCCUCCUUCGAUGGCAACCAGUUCGUGCAGCCGGGCUGGCAGGUCGCGCUGUGGGCGGUGGCGUACGCGCUGAUCGUGCUGGUCUCGGUGGUGGGCAACCUGGUGGUGAUGUGGAUCAUCCUAGCGCACAAGCGGAUGCGCACCGUCACCAACUAUUUCCUGGUCAACCUGGCCUUCGCCGAAGCCUCCAUGGCUGCCUUCAACACCCUGGUCAAUUUCACCUACGCCGUCCACAACUGUUGGUACUACGGCCUCUUCUACUGCCGUUUCCAGAACUUCUUCUCCGUCGCCGCCGUCUUCUCCAGCAUCUACUCCAUGACGGCCAUCGCCGUGGACAGGUAUAUGGCCAUUAUCCGCCCGCUGCAACCAAGGCUAUCAGCCUCAGCCACCAAGGUCGUCAUCUGUGUCAUCUGGUUACUGGCUUUAUUGCUGUCAUUCCCACAAGGCUACUACGCAACAACAGCCGAUCUCCCUGGCCGAGUGGUGUGUCUGGUGGAUUGGCCAGAAAAUACAACUCAGACCUAUGGAGUAACGUACCACUUUGGUGUGAUGGUGCUAAGCUAUGUCCUGCCACUCCUAGUGAUAGGCUACGCCUAUACCAUGGUCGGUAUUACACUAUGGGCCAGUGAGAUCCCAGGGGACACUUCAGACCGCUACCAGGAGCAAGUGUCUGCCAAGCGCAAGGUUGUCAAGAUGAUGAUCAUUGUGGUGUGCACCUUUGCCAUCUGCUGGCUGCCUUUCCACAUCUACUUCCUCCUCAAUCAUUUCAAGCCAGAAUGGUACGAGCAAAAGUACAUCCAGCAGAUCUACCUAGCUAUCUUGUGGCUGGCCAUGAGCUCCACCAUGUACAACCCUAUUAUUUACUGCUGCCUCAAUGACAGGUUCCGGAUUGGCUUCAAGCAUGCCUUCCGGUGGUGCCCUUUCAUCAGAGCCAGCAAAUACGAAGGGCUGGAGAUGAAGUCAGCCAGGUACCUCCAGACACAGAGCAGCAUGUACAAGGUCAGCCGGAUGGAAACGACGGUCUCCUCCAUCGCUGGCAACCCAGAGGAGGAGCUUGAUGCCAGCAGCAAAACCAAGCGCCUCUCCGUGGAUCUGACCUCCAACGGCUCCUCCCGCAGUGACUCUAAAACCGUGUCGGAGAGUUUGAGCUACUAUUCCAACACGCUUCCUCCCUAAGCAACCUGAACCUCCCUGCAAUGCGUCUCCAUCAAAAGUGUGACUCAGUUUCCAAUCUCCCUAAUGAAGGAGCUGUUCCUCAUUUAUAACAAGUCACCUCUUUCCUCUCUGACUUAGUUCCUGAAUGGACUUUUCCUUCUUUGUAUAGCCUCUGCUGUGAUGCCCUGUUGGAUGUUCAGGCGAUCUAUAUAUAAGAAUGGAUUCUCAUUUUGGGGCCCGCAUUGCAAUAGGUUCAUUAGCCAAUUCUCAGGCUAGGCUGGCUAACAGCCAAGCACCUUCCACUUGACUUUAUUUUUCCAUCCCCAAAUCUCACCUUCUCUUCCCACAGCAUGCUCAGGUCUUCUUGGUGUCUCUCCCCUCCAGCUACCAUACAUGGAACCAUAAGGUCUUGGAAUUGUGGAGUUGGAAGGGAGACCACGUAUCACUGCUAUUGUGAAAGGAGUGGAGGGGACUAAAAAGCUCCUUGAAGAAAAAAGGAGGAGCGAAAAUGUAAUGUUUGUAGUAUGUGUGCCAUUUUGGAAAAGUCGGAUUUCAAAAAAAUGAAGUUUUAAGAAUGUAAGAGUCCUGCUGGAUCAGGUAAAAGUUGUCAAGGGGGCUGAGCGACUCCCAUAUGAGAAAACGUUGCAGUGUUUGGGACUUUUUAGUCUAAAGAAAAGGUAAGUGGCAAUAUGAUGGAAGUUCCAAAAAUUAUGUCUGGCAUGGAAGAAGUGGGUAGAGAAAAGUUUAUCUGCCUCUCUCACAACAUUAGAGCUCAUGGACAUCCCAAGAUGGACGUGGAACAGUUCAAGACAGACAGAAGAAAGGGCUUAUUCAUGCAGUGCAUAGUUAACCUAUGGAAGCUGUACAAGGUGAGAGGGCUCUUAUGCUCAAAUCCUGCCUGCAGGUUUCCCACAGGAAUCUGGUUGACCACUGUGAGAACAGGAUGCUGGACUAGAUGGGCUAUUAGCCUGAUCCAGUAGGCUCUCCUUUGUUCUUAUGAAAGGUCUAUCUGGUCCAGCAUCCUGCUCUCACUGCUCUCACUAUGGGAAGACCACAAGCCUGACGUGAGGGGAGCAGCAUUGCCCCCCCUUUGUUUGAGAGUUAAAGUCCAGGCAGUAUCCAAAAUCCAUAAUGCGAAAGUUAGGAAUUUCCAUUUACAAAUCUGAGGAUUCUCAAUUCGUAGUUUCAGAUCCAAUAGCAGAGCAUUCCAGAUUGCCUCCCUACAAGUUUGUGUAUCAAGAUCACUUCUCUUCCACUUCAUUUAUGUUGGGUUAGGAAAAGACCCUCAACUCCUCAUAAUGGUUUGUGCCUAUACCAGGGGCGGAUAACCCCAAGUCCGGGGGCCUGAUCCAGCUCCAGAAGCAAGAGACCCUACAGAUUUUGGAGGUGGCAAAAAGCAGGGGAGGAAUAUAGUCAGUAUGGAGGCUGGGGUGGUGGUAGAAAAGUUUAAACCUCUCUGUUCAGCACAGCCUCCUGAUGGGAAAACAAUCCCCCAUCUUAUAGAUUCAUAGAAUUGUGGAGUUGGAAGAGUAUCUCAAGGGUCAUCAAUGCAGGAAUCAUGGAAAACGAAUCUCUGGCAGAUGGCCUCCAUCCUCCUGCUACAUGGGAGACAGAUUG